GGGCCCGGCGGAUGAAUCCGCUUUUCUCCUUCCGGGCCGUUCGCUAUGGUCGGCGGGUUGGGGCGGAGAGAAGAUGGCGGUGGGGUGGCUGUGGCGGCGGCUCUUUCAGGGAUCAGCUUUUCCUGCCAAUUAUGCAAGCAGAAUUAUGCAAAAGCAGUGUUUUCUUCCAAACUCCAACUUGAUGGGAGUACGGCUGGCUGGAUCCCAUGUUGAUACACAGGAGUCUAAGACUAAUCCUUUGGUAUCUAUUUCAGAUGAACCAGAAAUACUGUACAAGAGAUUGUCCCUUUUAGUUAAAGGCCACGAUAAAGCUGUGUUGGACAGCUAUGAAUAUUUUGCAGUGCUUGCAGCUAAAGAACUUGGCAUCUCUGUUGAAAAAGUACAUAAGCCUCCAAAGAAGAUAGAACGAUUGACACUUUUAAAAUCUGUACACAUUUACAAGAAGCACAGAGUUCAGUAUGAAAUGAGGACACAUUACAUGUGUUUGGAGUUAAAAUACCUAACAAGUAGUACUGCUGCAGUUUACUUGGAGUACGUUCAACGGAACUUACCUGAAGGGGUUGCCAUGGAAGUAAAAAAGACUAAGAUAGAGAAAAUACCUGAACACAUUCAGGAACCAGUUUGGGAUACACUACCUCAAGUAGAAGAAACUGAAGUCAAGUCAUGAACUCACUCAGGAUAGCCAACUGGGUCACAGGACAAGACAACCAGAGAGGCUGGAUCAUACUUACCAAGACCACUCAAAGUUUUAUACAAUCAUAAAAGAAAAGAAGCCCAGUGUUAUUAUUAGACAGAAAUGGACAAUCUUAAUGGUACAUAGCUGAAAGACAAGAAACCAAGCUUGUGCUUGAAGAUCGUCUGCAUUUUCUAGCUGUAGAGAGGCCCAAAGCUGUUUUAGGAGAGCUAUUUCAAGAGAGUCAUUAUAGCUGGUAUCAUUCGUGAUAGAAAGGAAGCUGCCUGUGAACUUUCUACAAUAUGCCUCAGAAAAAAGAAAAAAGGAAGUUAAUCAAAGCCCUUAUGGGAAGAUACACUGCCUAGUUCUCCCUUCAAGGUGUUUGCUUUCCUCGAUUUCAAGCUAUUCCUCCUUUCUCUCAUUCCUAGUAUUCAGUCAUAAUAGCAUUUCUUGAAGUCAUGUCAGACACCAUAUAAAGUGAAGGGAGAAAUUGUGAGCUGACCUGGUUAAAUAAAGCUGGUGCUUCAGAGGAACAGCCUCUUUCAAGUCUGUGUUGUAUUUUCUUCAAAUUUGCCAUGCUUCCAUGCUUUAGUUGUGCAUAAGCCACCUGCCAAGUUCAAGCUGUAUAUAGUAUCGAAAUAUGACUGUGCUCAAUACUAAGUCUUUCCACAUCUUGGUUUGAUGCAUGGUAAGAUUAAGAGGUCGUCUUCUAUUGUCUUUGGUGUUCUCCGCUCAGCCUGCAGUUUUUGGCUAAAUGGCCAGUCAGCAUGGCUUUUCAGUUGGCUCAGAGUUGUAGCUAUCAGACCUAAAUAGGAACGGGCUUAGGAGACAGCUGCAGAGGGUAUUAGCCCAUGUAAGCAACCCCCUGGCAGAAGGGAUGCUUGAUCUUGGGAAAGGUAUAUUAUUAGAGAAUUUCUUGCUUCCAGCCUCAUCAUAUGUUGGGGAAAGCCAGUGUGCAUGUAAAGCGAUCUCUGGACCUUAACUAUGUUGACAGAGCCAUAGCUAACUGCCAUCACAGACCACAUCCACCCCAAAAAAGCAGAAUGACCUAUGCACAGUCUGAUUGUUACAGACCAAUAUUUACUAGCACAGCCAUUUACUAACCUUAGUAGGCCACACUUCUCAUCCAUAUUUUACCCUGUAUGAAACUUCCUCCCUUUUAAGACUGUGAUCCUUCCCUGCUUCCUCUAUCUUCCCCUUCAUGUUCAGGGGUUUCCUAAGGCCUAACAGCAUCUUUGUCUUUAUCUCUAGUUAUGCAUUUGUAGAACACCGUAACCGUGCAAUGCACUCUGAUAACAUUUUCCAUCUACUAAUGUGGCUUCUGACUUUCACAGCAUGUUCCUGAUCCUUACAAAACUUCAGAUAAACUAUUUUGUUGGAUAAACUAUUUCCAUUCUUUACUUCUUUUCCCAUUCUCCAGUUUUGCUUUUUCUGCCACCUUUCUUAGGACGUGCCAACACAACACUUCCUGUGUCACAACAUUGCUUUAGGUCUGUGCUAAAUAUUGGCACCAAAGAUAAACAAGUUCUUGAGUCCAUUCAAUCUUUAAAAUCCUUGGUCACUGCCAGUAAGCUGGAGGUGGAUUUCCUUCCACAAAUACUUUGUGACUAACAGCUGCCAGCCUACUUCAGGUGUCAAAAAAUAUACAGACCAAUAUAUUAUGUAAAUAUAAAUAAUAUAUAACAGCUGUUUAUAAAAUUUUCAGGUUUGUAGAGUAAUUUUAAAACUAA